GCACCCCCACAGGCUAUUCCAACCCUGCACCCCGCCUCCAGGCUCUCCGGUCCCCAGAAAUCACUUGAGCCUCCAGGCAGGCGGGAAACCAAAUCUCCUACAUUUGGUGACUGCGUGUUCCAGGCGUUGCAAGACAGAGAAGUGAGGAUAGAGACGUGGAGAGACGGGGAGAAAGAAGCACAGAGACAGAGAGACAGAGACGUGGAGAGAGACAAAGCAAGACGCUGAUCGAGAGACACCGGCGUGUGAGACAAGGAACAGCUCGGCAGCCCCUGGAGCCCCAGCCCCGCCUUCAUGCCCAACCGGUGUCCCACCUGGCCCGUCCUCCCAGGUGAGCCUCAGCCAGUGCUGCAGGCAGUUUGACUCGAGGCCUCCCAGUGACGCGUGAGGAACAUCUACGGAGGGGAGGAUGGCCCAAGUCCUGCACGCGCCAGCCCCCUUUCCAGGGACCCCGGGCCCAGCCUCCCCGCCCGCCUUCCCCGCCAAGGAGACCGACCCUCCCUACUCCGUGGAGACGCCCUAUGGCUACCGCCUGGACCUGGAUUUCCUCAAGUACGUGGACGACAUCGAGAAGGGCCACACGCUGCGGCGCGUGGCCGUGCAGCGCCGGCCCCGCCUCGGCUCGCUGCCCCGCGGCCCGGGCUCCUGGUGGACCUCCACCGAGUCGCUGUGCUCCAACGCCAGCGCCGACAGCCGCCACUCGGCCUACUCCUACUGCGGCCGCGGCUUCUACCCGCAGUACGGCGCCCUGGAGGCCCGCGGCGGCUUCAACCCCCGCGUGGAGCGCACCCUGCUGGACGCCCGGCGCCGCCUCGAGGACCAGGCCGCCGCGCCCCCGGGCCUGGGCUCCCUGACCCCCAGCGCGGCCAGCUCCACCAGCUCGCUGGUGGGUGUGGGGCUGCCGCCCCCGACGCCACGGGGCUCCGGCAUGUCCACGCCAGUGCCACCCAGCGCCGGGCACCUGGCCCACGUUCGGGAGCAGAUGGCGGGUGCCCUGCGGAAGCUGCGGCAGCUGGAGGAGCAGGUGAAGCUGAUCCCCGUGCUGCAGGUGAAGCUGUCGGUGCUGCAGGAAGAGAAGCGGCAGCUCACGGUGCAGCUCAAGAGCCAGAAAUUCCUGGGCCACCCUUCAGGGGUCCGGGGCCGCAGCGAGCUCUGCCUUGAUCUCCCCGAGGCUCCCGAGGACCCGGCACCACUGGAGACCCGGAGCGUGGGCACCUGGGUCCGGGAGCGGGACUUGGGCGUGCCCGAUGGGGAGGUGGCCCUGGCCGCCAAGGUCGCGGUGCUGGAGACCCAGCUCAAGAAAGCGCUCCAGGAGCUGCAGGCAGCUCAGGCCCGACAGGCUGGCCCCCAGCCCGAGCCCCAGCCCCAGGCCUGGCCACCGCCAGACAGCCCAGUUCGCGUGGACACCAUCCGAGUGGUAGAGGGACCUCGGGAGGUGGAGGUGGCAGCCAGCACGGCCGCUGGGGCCCCUGCACAGCGGGCCCAGAGCCUGGAGCCCUAUGGGGCAGGGCUGCGGGCCCUGGUGGCAUCUGGAGGAACCGAGAGCCACCCCGUCUUCCGAAGCCAUGAAGUGGUGGAGGCAGUGUUCUCCUCGCCCGCUGCCUCCACUGGCAACGUCCACUUGGUGAAGAAGAUCAGCAUCACAGAGCAAAGCUGCAACGGGGCAGCAGGCCUUCCUCAGGCUUCUGCAGAGCCAUCCUCGUCACCCCCAGGGUCCGCCGCAGCCUCCUUGGCACAGCCCAAGAACACAGGCCGGGUGCCCAUGUGCAACACCAGCACCAGGGAGCCCCCCAGGCAAGCAGCCCCAUGUGAAUCAGAGGAGGCCGGAGGUGCAGGUGGGCCCCAGGCGGGCAUACGGUCCAUCAUGAAGCGGAAAGAGGAGCCUGCAGACCCCGCGACCCACCAGAGGAGCCUCCAGUUUGUGGGGGUCAAUGGCGGGUGUGAGUCCUCAUCUGAGGACUCCAGCACAGCAGAGAACUUCUCAGACAAUGAGAGCACAGAGAACGAGACCCCGGAGCCUGAGGCGAGGGUGCCACGUGUGGCUGAGGCUCCCCCGCUCAGGCCCACAGGGACAGCCGUGGCCAAGAUCAACCAGGAGGAGUGCCAACCAACUCGGGAGUCUCAGCGAGUGCCCACAGCUGAGGGGGCCUCAGGAUCAAAUGUGGAGGAGAUCCGGAUGGAGCUAAGCCCCGACCUCAUCUCAGCCUGCCUGGCCCUGGAAAAGUACCUGGACAACCCUAACGCCCUCUCUGAGCGGGAGCUGAAAGUGGCCUACACCACGGUGCUGCAGGAGUGGCUGCGCCUGGCCUGCCGCAGUGACGCCCACCCGGAGCUCGUGCGGCGCCACCUGGUCACGUUCCGGGCCAUGUCAUCGCGGCUGCUGGACUACGUGGUCAACAUUGCCGACAGCAACGGCAACACCGCGCUGCACUACUCCGUGUCCCACGCCAACUUCCCGGUUGUGCGGCAGCUGCUGGACAGCGGGGUCUGCCAGGUGGACAAGCAGAACCGGGCUGGCUACAGCCCCAUCAUGCUCACCGCCCUGGCCGCCCUCAAGACCCAGGAUGACAUCGAGACGCUCCUGCAGCUCUUCCGGCUUGGAGACGUCAACGCCAAAGCCAGCCAGGCAGGGCAGACGGCCCUGAUGCUGGCAGUCAGCCACGGGCGCGCAGACGUGGUGAAAGCUCUGCUGGCCUGCGAGGCGGACGUCAACGUGCAGGACGAUGACGGCUCCACGGCCCUCAUGUGCGCCUGCGAGCACGGCCACAAGGAGAUCACGGGACUGCUGCUGGCCGUGCCCAGCUGUGACAUCGCGCUCACUGACCGCGACGGGAGCACGGCUUUGAUGGUGGCCCUGGACGCAGGGCAGAGUGAAAUCGCGUCCAUGCUGUACUCCCGCCUGAACAUCAAGUGCUCGCAGCCAGAGGUCAGUGCGGACACCUGAGUCAGCACUCACAGCCCUCUCUGGCUCCCACCUCCAUUGGAGAAAAAGCCAAAGUCAUCCUCAAAGCCCAUCAGCUCCACCGACCCCGACCCCGACCCAGACCCCGACCCCUCCCCGUCGCUCCCUGAGCUCCAGCCACACCAGCCUGACCCCUGAUCCGCCUCAGGGCCUGGGCACUGGCUCUCUCUUCUGCCUGCAAUGCCUCUCUGCCCCCUUGGCCGGCCCCUCCCCGACCACCCGCUGUUACAGUCAUUCCCUUCCAUCCCUCAUCCCUGUUUGCCCCGAUGUCAGAUGACGAAAGUCCUGCAUCGUCCUCUGCAGAAGAGUAGCCAUGAGGGGGGACCAGAGGCGCGUCCCGCUGAGGCCAGUCAGCCCCAGAGCGAACUGGCCCUCCUCCCUUGUUCCUCGUCCCGGUCUCCCCCCUGGCCAACCCCAUCACACCCACCAAGGCCUCAGUCUCAAAGGCAAGUGGGUUUCUCCUGCUUCCCAGCAGUGACAAGACUCCAGCUUAACUGGGUUUUUCCCGUUCCCCAGUUCAAAGCAGCCACAGUGCAGACCGAAGCUACAUUCUCGUAGGAAUUGGCGCCAGUGGCUGAUGCUGGCGUGGGUUUAUGGAGAACACAGAACAAUCGACUGGCAGUGAUGGAUGGAGGCGGGCGAGAGGGAAACGUAUUGUAUUUUGGAAUCACCAUCGGGGAAGGGGGGGAAUCAUAUUACUUGUUGCCAAAUCUGAAAGUCACUGGAAAUGCAUAUUUUCAUUUUAAUCUUGAGUGUUAUUACUCACGGGUGGUGUCUGGAGUGGCUUAACUCCCCCUGGCCCCCCACAUUUAAUUGUCAGGUAUGUAAUAGUGUUUUGUCCACUCUCCCCGAGACAGCUUUCUUGGGGGAAUUUUGGUCUCUUCACAAAACGGAUUCUGUCCCUGCCACCUGGAGUAGGAAAGUUAGCCCUUUCUUCUGCUUUCUGCCAGCGUCGACCCCGUUCAGGUCGAGGGGAGCCCCAGGACACAGCAGCCGAGAGGUGUGAGCAGUUCAUAUCAAGAAAUUACCCCGACCGCCGGCCCCUCCCCACGUGGAGGCCUCAGCAAAUAUUAAUUUUCCUAGAAAAUCCUUCAGACCCGGAGACACAGGAAAUGAGUCCUGUUCCCAGAGUGGCUGCUGAGUCCCCGGGCUUCGAACCCAGGUUACGGGCCAUCCAGGUCCUCCUCAGGCUCCAGAAUUUCUCUCUUCAAAGGAAAGAAAACAGGCCAUGUGUGUGUUGGCAGCGCCUGGGGCCGGCUCCAGGAACCCCAUGUGUGCACAAUUAAAAAUUGGCUGCCCCCAGAGGGCUCCCAGCGCAAACUUAAAGAGGCAGGGCCUUGCCGAAAACCAAACAAGGGCCAGCUGGGGUUUUUUUGUGUGUUUUUUUUAACCUACAGGCUUUCCGGAGCUGCCUGGAGCAGAGCCUGCUGGACGUGGGGCUCGCCAGACUCUCACAGUUUCCUUAAUGGCCUGUUUUGUUCCCAGGAUCUCAACAGCGUUUUCUUUCCUUUUCCUUCCUUCUGUGAACCAAAAAAAGAAAAGGGAUAGGCCUGAGCCUCCGAAAGUGCCUCUGCGGCCGGGGAGCGAGACCCCGGGCUAAUAGGUGUCCUGCCUUCCGGCCAGUUGGCGGCCCCACUGCCAGGGUCGGAGCCAGGCCACGGAGGAUGGAGCGGGCCGGGCCCUGAGUGCCCACGUGUCCAUUCAGUAAAGCGGAACGCUGGCUUCUCUCCUACAGAAGUGGGUUUCUUGGCUUGAUGGAGUCUGGCUUGCUUUGAUUUUGAAGGGAUCAAAAUCUUUUUUAUUUUGUACCUAAGACAAAAGAGCUUGCUUGCAUGGUCAAAGGAGGGAGGCACCCCGGGGAGAGAGAGAGGGAGAGAGAGAGUGUGUGUGUAAGUUGGAGAGAAAAAACCAAAGCUGCUGGAGGAUGCCCAGGGUAUUUGAUGGAAGGCUGCAGCUCUGAGCAGCGGUGCCGUGUUGUGUGCUGUGUGUCCUGGCCCGGAGCCAGCGGUGCGUUUAUUUUAAGCUCCUACAAGCAGCUCACUGACACCGUAUUUGCCCCUGUUCCCCUCUCCCCUGGUGCCCAUUGGCUUGGCACGGAGGCUACAGGGGGUCCUGCCUUUGUCCCCAUUCUCUUCUCACAUGUAUUCAUGACCUUAAACUUUCCAACCACGGUACGUCCAUAAAGACAGUAUUACGCUUAAAUGAAGUAUUCUUUUUGUAAUCAUUUUUUAGAUGGUAAAGAAAUUUAAUAAAGCUACUUUAUGAUAACGCCCAUA